CCCGCUAAUAGAAGUCAUCUCUUCACGACGAGCGCGCCUGCACGGAGCUAACUGAUUAGGAGAUUACCCCAAACACCAAUUAACCUAACCCUGAACCCUGGUUCCCGACAUAUGGAAACGCCUGUUCCCUGCCCGAACCCGAAGAUCACUCCCGAUCUUUCCCCAAAUCGGGAUAACUAUCCGAUUCACUCCCCGAAUGGAAAUAAACCUCUUCAAGUUUUUCUCUGGUCUCAGAGUCCUCGGCUACUGCAUGAUCCUCCUCUUCGCCGCAAUUGUCGGCGUAUCUUACUACGCCGUCGUUUUGCUCACGUGUGGCCCACAGUUACUCCGCGGCGGGUUCCACUCCCUUUUGUCGUUCACCAUCGUCAUUGUAUUCCAUGUUCUGCUUAUACUUCUAUUAUGGAGUUACAUUAGAGUGGUGCUUAAGGACCCCGGUUCUGUACCUGAAAAUUGGAGAACUGUUUCCGUGGAGGAGAAUUUGGAGGUUGGUAGUUCUUUGGCUGCGGCGGAAGAUGGAUUUGAGAGAAGAUCACGUGGUGUUGGUUAUUGCACACAUUGUCAGAAUGGAAAGCCGCCACGGUGUCAUCAUUGUUCUAUUUGUCAAAUAUGUGUUCUCAAGAUGGAUCAUCGGGUGGUGAAUUGUGUUGGUGCACGCAACUAUAAGUUUUUUCUUCUUUUCUUGCUAUAUACGUUUUUGGAGACAACACUAGUCACCCUAGUGUUACUGCCAAGUUUUAUCAACUUCUUUCGUGAAGCCAAGAAUCAUUCCGCCUCUCCUUCCAAAUCAGCAAUAAUCUUUUUGGCAUUUGUUCUCAAUUUUUCUUUUGCUCUGAGUCUUGUUUGUUUCAUCACCAUGCAUGCAUCUCUUCUAUCAAGCAACACGACAUCAGUAGAGGUUCACGAGAAGACAGGACUAGUCAGAUGGAAAUAUGACUUGGGCAGGAAAAAGAAUUUUCAGCAGGUGUUUGGCACGAAGAAAAGCUUGUGGUUGUUCCCAUUGUUCUCAGAAGAUGAUUUAGACAACAUACCAGCACUUCAUGGUCUGGAAUUUCCAACGCUUUCAGAUGUUGAGGCAUGAGCUUUUAAUGAGAGGACAUAUGAGCUCAGUUGUGUAUCAUGUUGCCACAUU